GACGGGAAGAACCCGGAAGUCUCGCGCGAGCGGCGGCGCAGGGCGCUGAGGAGGCCCCCGCCCCGCUCCCCGCUCCCCGCCGCGGCCUGCAGCCUGCAGCCGGGCCCGCUCCGCCGCCAUGGAGGCGAACCCGCCGAAGCGGAAGGAGCCGCGCAAGGCGCUCCGGAUCAAAGUCAUCUCCAUGGGCAACGCGGAGGUGGGCAAGGUGAGGCGGCGCGAUUGGCUGCCGGGCGAUGAGGGACGGGCCCGCUGGCCAAUCGGGGAGCGGGCUGCCCCGCGAAGGAGGCCGCGGAUUGGCCGCCAGCACGGCAGGGGGGAGCCAAUCAGAGCGGCUCGCUGCGUACGGAAGAGCUGCAUUAUAAAGCGCUACUGCGAGAAGAGGUUCGUUCCCAAAUACCUGGCGACCAUCGGCAUCGACUACGGCGUCACAAAAGUGCAGAUCAGGGACCGAGAGAUCAAAGUGAACAUCUUUGACAUGGCGGGGCACCCGUUCUUCUACGAGGUGAGGAACGAGUUUUACAAGGACACGCAGGGAGUCAUCCUGGUCUACGACGUCGGCCAAAAGGAGUCGUUCGACGCGCUGGACGCGUGGCUGGCCGAGAUGAAGCAGGAGCUGGGCCCUCACGGGAGCAUGGACAACGUCGUCUUCGUUGUCUGUGCAAACAAGAUUGACUGCACCAAGCACCGCAGCGUGGAUGAAAGCGAGGGGCGGCUCUGGGCAGAGAGCCGGGGCUUUCUUUACUUUGAGACGUCGGCGCAAACGGGAGAGGGAAUCAACGAGAUGUUCCAGACUUUCUACUCUGCCAUCAUCGACCUGUGCGACAACGGCGGGAGGCGCCCCCCCUCCAGCAUGGGGGUCGGCUUCACCAAAGAGCAGGCAGACGCCAUUCGUAGGAUCCGCAACAGCAAGGACAGCUGGGACAUGCUGGGUGUCAAGCCUGGAGCCACCAGGGACGAGGUGAACAAAGCCUACAGGAAGCUGGCCGUGCUGCUCCACCCCGACAAGUGCGUGGCUCCCGGCAGCGAAGACGCCUUCAAAGCCGUGGUGAACGCCCGGACUGCGCUCCUCAAAAACAUCAAGUAGGGAGCAGAGCCCCUCGGAGCUGGAAGCCUUCCCCUCCUCCUCCCAGCUAGCUCCCAGUCAGCCGCACGGCCGUGGGGCGCUGCCCUCCUCCUCGGAUUUACCCGCUGGCACGGACAGAGGCAAUCCCAGCACCGACCAGGGGAGCAAGACCCCAGCGUGCUCGCGAUGUGUUGCAAAGGGCGCAGGUGGCAAUGUGAGGAAGAGGGGGGGGGGUUUGCUCGAGGAAACCUCUGCCGCUGCGGGAAGGAACUGGCUCCAGGGAGCGUCCAGUUCCUCCCCAAACUGUUGUGGCGCCAAGGAUGGUCCCUUUGGCAGGAUGAGGGCUCUCCCCCUGGCACUCGCCUCCUCAUCACGGCACCUCCCUCCCUCUCCCUGAGCUGAACUUGUCAGGGAGAGCCCCAAAGGCUGCAGUCCCUCACGCCACGCGCUCCCUCUCUCCUUCCCCCGAUGGGAACGCGUUAGGCAUGGCUGGGUAAGACAGCCCCCCCCCCAAAAAAAUGCAGCCCCCCCCACUCCCUUUUGGCAUUCAUUGCUGGUCACCCCAAGAAGUGCUUGUAGGGGCUUGGGAUCUGCCUAUUGGGAUUCCGAGGGAGGUGAUGGCCGCGACGGCUGCCGGGCUGAAAUGGGAGAUCCCUUGGGGUCCCGUGGUUUUGGCAGGACCCCGUUUUAUUUCCUUGCUGCUGUGUGAGGUUGGCAGGGAAGGCCAGGACACUGAGCUAUGAAACAAAAGCCGCCGAGAGUGUGCAGGGGUGUGUGGGUGUGUCCCUAACCCACCCCCAGACUUACCCUUUUCAGUUGUUUUUUGUUGUUUUGGUUUUUUUUUUUUCCCUGUGGUCAGUGCAAUUUUUAUUUAUUUAUUUCUUCACUCAAGGCAGCUUUUCUGUGUUUCCCCUUAAAACAUGUCAUAAAUCAACAGUAGAUCCCCUCCUUAGCAGGAAGCGUUAAGGACCUUUAAGGCCGGCAUCUUUUUGCAUCGCUUCGGUUUCUGCUUUCUUCUGGGCAGAAGAAACCGGCUGUCCUGCCGGGAAGCGCUUUCUGCUCCUCUGGUGCAGCUGCAGCCGAGGGGAGGUGUUGCUACAAAGGGUUAAUGUGUAAAAUAGCUCCACGUAGCCCUACCGAACCUAUUUCUCUGUGUUUUUUCCACUGAGGAGGGCAAAUAAUGCUGCUGCUGAAUGGCGUGCUUCGCUCUGAGGGCGAGAUCUCCGAGUUGUUUAAAGGCUGCCUCGGCUCCCGCUGCUCGGGGGCUCUCCAGCCCUGCACACUCCCCCCCCCCCCCCAGCUCGCUCCUCAGGUGCCGCUGCUCGCUGCUCUGGGGUUUCUCCCGGCUGUUUAUGGAGCUGCCCGGAUGUUUGGCGACGCUUUACCCACGCCUGUCACGUCGAGCGAUGCCGGUGACCUUCGAAGCUGUGUUAUAUUUAUAAAUUAAACCCCCCCCACCACCACCACCACCACCUCUUUGGAACAAAGGAAGCCCUGUGAGCUGUC